CUUGAGCGUCACAUCGCAGAGCUUCCCCUGCCGCCGGAUCUCGCCCAUCACUCCGUAGCCGCGGCUGGGCAGGUCUCCCACCGAGAAAUGCACCAGAUCCUCGGCAUCCAGCUCCGGCUCCGCCGCCGCCGCCGCUUCCAGCAUCGUCCCGGCCACUCCCGUCCGCUUCGCCCCCGCCGCGCGCUGGCCCCGCCCGGCCGCCGUACGCGGGGCCGCUUCCGGGAGAAGCCGGAAGCUGCCGUUGCCAUAGAGAACCCGGAAGUGGACGCUGCCAUGGCGACCCCCGACGCCACGCCGGACUCGACUGCAGAGGGGUCGCAGGAGGAAGAGGAGCAGGAGAGCUCGGAGGGGCAGGACAAGAGUGAGAGUUCUGCGUCCAAAGCAGAGAGCGAGCAAGGGGUUUCUGUGGCCUCUGUGAGAUUCCAGGAGCAGGAGCAGGAGCAUGGCCAGGAGCCAGAGCAAGAGCAGGGGAAGGGGAAGGAGAAGAAGGAGGAGGACCAGGAGAGCAUCAUCUCCUCACUGCUCUGUUCCACAGAGCCCGAGGGUGAAAGGCCCAGAACACCAAGGCGGGUGCUGGCGUUCGUGCGGAUCAGGCCAACUCCUCACUUUGCCCAAGACGUGAUCAGGCUCGGGGCAGACAACAAGAGCAUUGAUAUCUACAUCCAGAAGAGUCCCAGGGGAGGAAUUGUGAAUAACUCCCAGACUGACUGGUCCUUCAAGGUGGAUGGGCUCCUCCACAACACUUCCCAGGAAGUGGUUUAUGAGACUGUGGCAAAGGACUUGGUGUGCAAAGCCUUGCAGGGCUACAACGGCACCAUCAUGUGCUAUGGGCAAACUGGAGCUGGCAAAACCUACACCAUGACAGGAGCAGCCUCUGAGUACAGGAACAGAGGGAUCAUCCCCAGAGCUAUCCAGCAGAUCUUCAAAUCAGCCACAGAAUUCCUCAAUAUCCUGGUGACUGUCCGAAUUUCCUACCUGGAGAUCUACAAGGAGGCCUUGUUCGACCUCCUGGCGCCGGCGCUGGGCCGAGGGUCCAAGGACAACCAGCUGGCUGUCAUGGAUGGUCCCCAGGGCAUUUAUGUCAAGGGGCUCUCCAUCCACCCUGUCAGCCACGAGGAGGAGGCUCUGCAGCUCCUUUUUGAGGGUGAGACCAACAGAGUGAUAGGAGAGCACAGCCUGAAUAAGAAUUCCUCCAGAUCCCACUGCAUCUUCACCGUGUACAUUGAGUGUCGUUCCAGAGAUUACACAAAUCACAAAUGCCUUAAAUCUAAAAUCACCUUAAUUGACCUGGCAGGGUCUGAGAGGCUGAGCAAGACUGGGUCUGACGGCCAGGUGAGGCUGGAGGCCUCCUACAUCAACAAAUCCCUGUCCUUCCUGGAGCAGCUGGUCAUCGCCCUGGCCGAUCCCAGGAGGGAGCACAUCCCCUUCAGGCAGAGCAAACUCACCCACGUCCUCAAGGACUCGCUGGGUGGAAGCUGCAACACUGUCCUGGUGACAAACAUCUAUGGGGAAGCUGAGCACUUGGAAGAGACCCUGUCCUCCCUUCGCUUUGCCACCAGGAUGAACUGGGUGACAGCAGAGCCUGUCCCCAACGAGCCCUUCUACAGGGAGGCAUCAGUGAAGGCUCUGGAGGAGGAGAUCCAGCUCCUGAAGCAAGAGCUGACCAUGCAGGACCACUUGGCAAAUAAUUCCUUGAUGACUUACAGCCCCCUGACUACAGCCCAGAGAGCAGAAAUCAGAUCCCAAGUCCAGAAAUACCUCAGAGGAGUCAUUGAGGAAAUCGAUAUUGUGAAUGUCAGACAGAUCCAGGAGGUUUUUAGACAGUUCAAAGUGAUUUUAAGCCAACAGGCAGAAGAGGUGGAGAGCAGGUUCUGGAACAAGUACGGGCUGGGACGCAUGGUUGGGUCUGACUCUGAGUCUAGCUCAGACUCUGAUCUGCGUUUGGAGGAGGCUGAGGAGCAGCAGGAGGAGGAGGAGGAGGAGCAGGAGGGCACGGAAAGUACAGUUGACCAGGAUGAGGAUUCGGAUCAGGAGGAUGAUGCAGGGACUAUUGAGAUUGGAAGUCCUCCCACAUCCCCCAUUGCUGAUGGGGAGAAGGAAGCUGAUGAGAAGGAAAGAAUUAGGAGCCCUCCUCGUGAGAUAGGUCAGGAUGAAUCCUCACUAUCCAAAAGCCCCAUCGAGGAUCUGGAGGAGGAAGAGGAAGAGGAAGAAGAAAAGGAAGAGGAAGGAGGAGGUUACCAGGAGGGUGAUGAAGAGUCCUCAACCCCAUCUUCAGAGGAUUCCCAGAACCUCAAGCCCUCUCUGUCCAAGGAAAAGGCGUUUGAGGUGUUUAAGAAGGAGGCUGGACAGGAGAUCCACCGGAUCUUCAGGGAGAACAAGAGGAUCCUCAUUGCCAGGAAGAAGGGAAUCCACUCUGUGGCAUGGAAGAUCAAUGGCCUCAAGGAGCAGAUUGAGGCAAUCAAGGAAGCUCUGGAGGCUCAGAAGAGGAAGAGGAGGCAGGGGGGAGAAUACACGGAUGAGAAAGGACGGGUGAUCAUCGAUGAGAAGGAGUUCUCCCUCAUCGUGAAGCUGAAGGAGCUGAAGGAGGAGCACAGGGCUGGCUUUGCUGAGCUGCAGGACCUGAAGGCAGAGGUCCAGUACUGCCAGCACCUCGUGGAUAAGUGCAGGAAAAAGCUCAUCUCAGAGUUUGAAAUCUGGUACAUCGAAAACUUCCGUCUCCCUAAAGACGUGAAGGAAGCUCUGGAGCCUGGUGGGAACAUCAGACCUGGAAUGAUUCCCGUGAACAGGGUCAUGUGCCUGGAUGAAGACGUGCAGGACAAGUUUGAGCGGGUGCAGGAGACGGCGCUGCCAGACUGCCCGAGCUCCGUGUCCUUCUACAGGGCCAGGAUGAAGACAGAUCAAAAGCAAACCUUCAACACCACCACGGCAGCGCUCCGGAAAAUGCACAGGAAACCCGGACUGGUCCCGGCUGCUGAGAAGAAGAAAGCCCUGUCCUUCCUGCCCAUCACAUAGCCUGGAUCCCAGCAUUCCCCAAGGAAUGCCACCUCAGGAAGCGCCUCCUGAUCGUGUCCACCAUUGAUUUAUAAAAAUAAACAGCAGGAAAAGUGAA